AUGCUCGUGGACGAGAAGAACAACAGUUCGGCCAUGCAUGUCGAGAGUCUUGAAGACAAGCAGCAUGUCGAGGUUGCGCAGGAUGCUGCUGCUGCUGAGCACUCGCAGACCUUUUGGCAAGCCAUUAAAAGCGAGCCAAAAGCGGUGCUCUGGUCGGUAGCUGUAUCGACUGCAAUUAUCAUGGAGGGCUACGACAUUGUCCUGGUGACCUCGUUGUUUGGCCAGCCAGCUUUCGCCGAGAGAUAUGGCAGCUACGUUGCCAGCAGCACCACUGGCAAAUGGCAGAUACCGGCUCCAUGGCAGUCCGCACUGGGAGCUGCACCUACGAUCGGCGCCGUAGCUGGGGCCUUCCUCAAUGGCUGGCUCACGCAUAAAUUUGGGUAUCGGAAGGUGUUGCUGGCCUCACUUGUCGCAAUCACGGCGUUCAUCUUUCUGCUCUUCUUCGCGACCAACUUGACCAUGCUGCUAGUAGGCCUGGUGCUAUGUGGUCUUCCGUGGGGCGUGUUCGCAACGAUGGCGCCGGCAUACGCAUCGGAAGUCUGUUCACUCACACUGCGCGGAUAUAUGACCGUGUAUGUCAAUCUUUGCUGGGCUUUCGGACAAUUGAUCGCAGCCGGGGUCCUUGAGGGUUUUGCGACAAGCACUUCUCAGUGGGCGUACAGAGUUCCGUUCGCGUUGCAGUGGAUUUUUCCUGUGCCACUGUUCUUGCUCAUAUGGUUUUGCCCAGAGAGUCCGUGGUGGCUAGUCCGACGUGGCCGUACAGAAGAAGCAGCGCAUGCCCUCCGGAGACUGGCUUCGAAGUCGUCGACAACACCUCCCGAGGAUACAAUCGCCCUUAUCAAGCACACGAAUCAGCUUGAGGAUGAAGUCCAAUCUGGAACAAGCUACUGGAGCUGCUUCAAGGGCGUCGAUCUGCGAAGGACGGAGAUAGUCUGCAUGGCAUUCGCGGCUCAGAUCUGGUGUGGCUCUCCUCUUGGUGGUUCCCCAACGUACUUCUUCCUACAAGCAGGAGUUCCGACGUCGACCGCAUUCAAGUUCAGUGUCGGUGGCCUUGGAUUGGCAAGCUUGGGCACCAUCAUAUCUUGGUUCCUAUUGAGUCGCAUCGGCCGCAGGACACUCUACGUCUGGGGUAUGGCCUUGCUCACAGGCUGUCUCUUGAUCACCGGUAUUGUGGCCGCCACCUUCCAGGGAAGCACGUCAAGCUACAUUCAGGCUGGGUUCGUGAUGGCUUGGUUACUCAUUUACUAUCUCACAGUCGGACCUGUCUGCUACGCCAUCAUUUCCGAAACGUCAGCCGUCCGUCUGCGUAACAAGUCGGUCUGUCUGUCUCGAAUCAGUUAUUACAUUUGUCAGGUCAUCGGAAAUGUGAUCCAGCCGUAUAUGGUGAACCCAGGUAACGAGAAUUGGCAAGGCAAGUCAGCACUCUUCUGGGCUGGCACCUCUGCCAUUUUCUUCGUCUGGACAUAUUUCCGCCUGCCGGAGACGAAGGAUCGGUCGUAUGAAGAGUUGAACAUCCUCUUUCAAGAAGGAUUUUCAGCGCGGAAGUUCUCCAAAGUCAUAGUUGAUCCAUAUGCGGAGAGAUCAGAGCGCAUCAAGCAGGAAUAG